GGAGCUUCCGCUUCCUGUCCCGCUUGGGGGGGGGGCGGGAUGCCGGAAAUGGCGGCGGCUGUCCUUCCUCGCGGAGGCGCUGGAGGAGAUGUUGAAGGGAUGCUGGCAGAAGGGGAACAAUCAGAAGUGUCACCGAAAGGAUCCAAAGAGCAAAGGGAUCUGAGGGUUCAAGAUGGAGGCAGCAGGCGAGAGGGGAGACGAAAGCAGAAGCCGGAGGGUGACUCUUGUACGUCUCAGGGUGGUGAAAAUCAAAUUUCUAGAGAGGAGAAAAAGCAUGAAUGCACCGUGUGUGGAAAGAGAUUGGGUAGUCACUCAACUCUUACUUUACAUCAAAGAGUACAUACAGGAGAGAAACCAUAUAUAUGUUCCGAGUGUGGAAAGAGCUUCAGUCAAUGUGGCCAGCUUACUAGGCAUCAACGAACUCAUACAGGAGAGAAACCGUAUAAAUGCUUGGAGUGUGGAAAGUGCUUCAGUGGCAGUAGUUCCCUCACCUUGCAUCUACGAACUCAUACAGGAGAGAAACCGUAUAAAUGUUCAGAGUGUGGAAAGUGCUUCAGUGGCAGUAGUUCCCUCACCUUGCAUCUACGAACUCAUACAGGAGAGAAACCGUAUAAAUGUUCAGAGUGUGGAAAGUGCUUCAGUGGUUGUGGCCAGCUUACUAGGCAUCAAAGAUCUCAUACAGGGGAGAAACCGUAUACAUGUUCAGAGUGUGGAAAGAGCUUCAGUGACAAUGGUGCCCUUACCUCGCAUCAAAGAUCUCAUACAGGGUUAAAACCGUACACAUGUUCAGAGUGUGGAAGGAGCUUCACUCAAAGUAGCACCCUUAAGUCGCAUCAAAGAACUCAUACAGGGGAGAAACCGCAUAUGUGUUUGGAGUGUGGAAUGAGCUUCACUCACAGCCAUACGCUUACUAGACAUCAACAAACUCAUCGAGGCAGCAAACCUUAUAUAUGCUGGGAAUGUGGCAAGAGCUUCAGUCGCAUUGACUCCCUUUCCUCGCAUGAAAGAAUUCAUAUAGGGGAGAAACGAUAUACAUGUUUGGAGUGUGGAAAGAGCUUCAGCCACAGUUGCAGCCUUAACUUGCAUCAAAAAUUGCACACGGGAGAGAAACCUUAUAAAUGUUUGGAGUGUGGCAAGAGCUUCUGUCGCGGUAGCCAACUCACAUUGCAUCAACGAACUCAUACAGGAGAGAAACCGUAUACAUGUUCAGAGUGUGGAAGGAACUUCAGGUGCAGUAGCUCCCGUACGUUGCAUCAAAGAACUCAUACAGGAGAGAAACCGUAUACAUGUUUGGAGUGUGGAAAAAGCUUCAGGUGCAGUAGCUCCCUUAAGUCGCAUCGCCAAAUCCACACUGGGGAGAAACCAUAUCAGUGCAGAGAAUGCGGAAAGACAUUCAGUCAGAAAAUGUAUCUUACGACUCAUAAAAGAAUUCAUACAGGGGAGAAGCCAUAUAAGUGCUUGGAAUGUGGAAAGGGCUUCAGCCAGAAGAUACACCUAACUUUCCACCAAAGAAUUCAUACAGGGGAAAAACCAUACCAGUGCUUGGAAUGCGGGAAGAGCUUCAUCAGAAGUUCAAACCUCACUUUGCAUCAAAGAAUCCACACAGGGGAGAAGCCAUAUCAGUGCUUGGAAUGUGGGAAAAGUUUCAUUCGAAGCACAAAUCUUACUCUGCACCAGAGAAUCCACACGGGCGAGAAGCCGUAUCAGUGUCUGGAAUGUGGAAAGAGCUUCAGCCAACGUUGUAGCCUUACUUCUCAUCAGAGAAUCCACACAGGGGAGAAACCGUUUGAGUGUCUGGAAUGUGGAAAGAGCUUCACGCAUAAGAUAAGUUUCACUUAUCAUCAAACGACUCACACAGGGGAGAAACCAUAUCAGUGUGUGGAAUGCGGGAAGAGCUUCAGUCAGCGUUGCACCCUGACUUCUCAUCAGAGAAUCCACAGGGUGGAGAAACCGUAUAAAUGCCUGGAAUGUGGAAAGGGCUUUACGUGGAAGAUAGGCCUCGCUGCUCAUCAAACAACUCAUACAGGGGAGAAACCAUAUCGGUGCUUAGAGUGUGGAAAGAGCUUCAGCCAUAAGGGGAGCCUCACCUAUCAUCAGAGAAUCCACACAGGGGAGAAGCCAUAUCAGUGCAUGGAAUGUGGGAAGAGCUUCAGUCACCGAUGCACCCUAACUUCUCAUCAGAGAAUCCACACAGGAGAGAAACCAUAUCAGUGCCUCGAAUGUGGAAAGAGCUUUAAAGAGAAGAGCAGGCUCACUUUUCACCGAAGGACUCACACUGGGGAGAAGCCAUACAAAUGCUUGGAAUGCGGAAAGGGCUUCACGCAGAAGAUAGGCCUCUCUGCUCACCAGACAGCUCAUACAGGGCAGAAACCGUAUACCUGCUUGGAAUGCGGAAACGGCUUCACGAGAAGAUCAAGCCUUAAUCUGCAUCAGAGAAGUCACAGCGGCGAGAAGCCAUAUCAAUGCCCCGAGUGCGGAAAGAGCUUCACUAGACGGUCCGGUCUGAAUUUGCAUCAAAGAACUCACACAGCGGUGAAAUCAUAUAAGUGCUUAGAGUGUGGAAAUAACUACAAUAAUAAGAUAAACCUCACGUAUCAUCAGAGAACUCACAGAAGCAAUUUGAAUAUGCAGCAAAAUCUUGUAUCCCACAUGAAACAGGAGUUUGAUUGUGAGGACCCACAUCGGACAUGCACUGUAUAAAUGAACGCUAAGCAGGGAGCAACAUACUGUACCUAUCCUGAGCAACGGCAACAAGGGAACUGAAGCAUUUUCUUUUAGCUUUGCUCCUUUUCUAAUACAAAAUUUGAAAUCACCGCUGCUCCCCUCUGCCCUCCCCAUCCAUCCUUCCUCUCCUGAGCACGUAGUGAUGCUUCCAUGUGGGAGCAUUCAGCUCCUAUGUGUGGUCGGCGCUGGCCAAAGGAUCUGCCCAAGGGCAUUUCCAAAAUGCGGUGCCUCCUGGUAAUGGAUUUUGGGACAUGUUGGGGGGCCUCACUAUCUGGAGGAUGAUAUAAUCAAGGCUCCCAUGCCUGCUCAGGUGUAUGCGUAUUGGGAGGAGGGGAAAGGGGGAAGACAAAAAAGGAAGACAGAGUAUAGACAUCAACACAGUCUCUAGCUAAAAAUGCAUUAAAAGAAUACUUUGAAUUGAAUAAAAAUCAAGUUGAUGACGUAAGGGCACUCUGGGAUGCUGGUAAAGCAGUGAUCAGGGGAUAUUUCAUAAAACAAGGCAUAAGAAUAAAAAAGGAAAGCGAAAAGGAAAAAAACAAAAUUAAUGGAAGAAAUAAGGGAAAAAGA